AUGACGUCUUGCUCAACUGCAGCGAACUGGCAAUCAAAAAUCCUGAAGAAAGAGUAUCAAAACUGGCUGGCUGUAAGCCACGCCCUUUCUCUUAUGUGCGAUGGGCUAAGGCCUUUCAUCGAGAGGGAGAUGAAAGCCUUUCAUCAAGUGUUAAUGGCAAACCUUACCUCUACACCCCCUUGCACCUGUAGAAACCCCCUUAAACACUCUUGUGCUUGGGCUACACAGCUUUUAAUGUACCAUAGAGGUGGAAAACCAAAUUCUCCAAGGUGGCGCCAAAGCGACUCUUACAAGUGGACAGAUCCAAACCUUGGUUACUGGGAGGUAGCCAAACUUUUCAUGUCCGAUUUGGGGAACAGCGCUGUUGAUGUGAUAGACGCGAGUAGUACUGACUGCACAGGAUUGACCAAUCUUCUCUUCUGGUGUUCUCACUUUCCCGUACAACACCAUCUCGUUGAAGAGGUGCGAAAGACGCGAAAUACCAGAUGGGGACACGCUCCGAGACAGGAGUUAACAGAUGGAGAAAAGGCAGAUGCCCUUACAGCGAUAAGAAAUCUCCUUCAAGAUCCGAACUUAAUUUCUGACAAUGACGCCAAAGCGGCCCUCGCAGAGAUUGACGCAAUGAAGAAGGAUUUCGAUGCACGUAGUAUUGAAAGAAAAGUUCUGGCAGAUUUCCGAGAGACAGUGAGAGGUCAACUGGAUGACAUUAAAGGGAAAAUAAAGUCCUUCAAGAAAGACUGCAAAGGUGUAAGCAACAAGGUACAGAAGAAACAACUGAGUUUGCAAACCCGACAGACAAAGGUCUUCAAGCUUCUGAAAAGUAUUGAUGAAAGAAUGGAGGAGGCGGCAAAUCGAAACCUUUCAUAUGUAACACAAGUUUCAAACCUUGUCAGCUGGAUAUUUACAAGGGGAAAGCAGUUUGUCUUUGACAACCUUCGCGGCAUGAAUAAGUACUUCACUCUGUGGUUGCUGUUAAUGGUACUCCUGAGUCGCCCUAGAUGUUUAAGUAAGAACUCUUACAACGACGGUGAGUUUUGACUCUGUCAGAUAUGGAUGAACAGCUAAUUUGAUUAUCUAACUAGAGGCAAAUCAAUGCCAAUGAAAAGAUAGAGAGUAAAGAGGACGGCUUUCUGUUCGAGUUUUGGUAAAGGUGACGAGUUAGGACCGUUCAAACUACUCUUAUCUGUGUUUUGCUUUAUCCAGUAAUUGGUGCUCUUUUAACCGUGUACCAAACUGGCGUUUGGUCUGUCCGAUGUAUUCGUUGUCACAGUCAUUGCAAGGAAUAGAAUAAAUGGCGUCGGUUUGUUGUUCUUUCGUGACAGGAUCCUUAGGUUUGGCGAAAAUAUGCCCCAAAGUCUGAAAAGGUUUUUGAGCAACUUUAACGUUGUGGCUAUUUAAAAUUCUCUUGAAAUAAAAAAAUAAUUGUUUGGAGGCUUGGCACAUUAACUCCGCCCACGCUCCUUUAAAUCGUGACGAUGGCGGUCUGCUUCCUGACGCCUAUUUACACCUCGUCAGAAAAAAGGCCGCUUAUUAGUGAUCAUAUAAAAGGACUUCUUGUUGCAGCGUUUAGAUCACCCCUGAUGAAGGCACUAGACAGGAGUGUCGAAACGUUGGGUCUAUGAAUUGUAACUUCUUCGGUUACAUUCAUUAAAUCUGCAAACCAGUGUAGCAUCAAACUAUGUCUGAAAGUUAUUCGAAAUAAACAUCGAAACUGUCAACGCAAUUGUUUUCAGUUUACUUUAUCUUUUUUUUUUCCUUUCAGGUUGCCCGAUGGAAGAUGGUUUUGUUCCUUUUGACAGUAAGGAAUUCAAUUUCAUAAGCUACUUAAGUAAUGCCCGAGAAAGGUUCACUGGACGGCGCUGGCUCUACAAUGAACUGGAAACGAAUUUGAUGAAACAGGAUACCGAUCGUGGGGUUCUAGUAAUUGGUGAGCCAGGCGCAGGGAAAUCUGCACUGACUGCCCAACUGAUCUGUUCUCGCUCAUCUAAUCCUUUUAUUCACAAAAGAAUCAUUGGUUACCAUUUAUGUAAGCACGCAGACAAAGCCACUCAGGACCCCGGUCGAUUUGUUCGCAAUUUAGUCGACUUGAUGGCCAGAAGAGUUCCAGAAUAUGGAAUGUUGGUCUCUAGCAGCUUAUUCAUCCUUUCAGUUCUUAAGAGUUGUUCAGGAGAUCCGCUUGAAUGCUUCGAACAAGCCGUGAUGGCGCCACUUUUGCAGUUAAAAGGUGAACCUCAAACCUAUUUCAUUGUCAUAGAUGCCUUAGACGAAUGCUCGUCAGACAGUGGAGGGACUUCAGUGGUUCAGUUUAUCAGAGAAACGUCUAGUAAGCUGCCAAAAUGGAUCAGGCUUGUGAUGACUUCUCGCAAUGACUCAAAUGUAUUAAAACACUUUAGUCAUUUUCCCAAAGUGUAUUUGUCUUCCAAAGAUGCACGAAACUUACAAGACAUCGAAGUCUUUAUCACCGCUAAACUAUUCGAAGACGCUUCUAUUCUCGAAAGAUUGAAAGCUAUGUUAGGUUCUAGUAGCGGUGAAGAGAUUUCUUUCCUGACGAGCAGGCUAUUAAGCCAGAGCCAAGGAAAUUUUCUUUACGUAAAAGAAAUGUUCCAUUUUUGGAAAGAAGAUAGGAAUAAUGACUUCGGACAUAUCCCAAAAACAAUUGGUGGGAUUUACGAGAGGUACUUGAAAAGGAUUUAUGGUUCCAGAGAGAAAUUCAAGCCCGCUCUAGCUAUUCUAGAGAUCAUGGUGGCUGCAUUUGAGCCGAUGCCGGUUGAUGAUUUGUAUCGAGUUUUAAGAACGCAGGAAAACAUCGACUAUGAAUAUGAAUUUGUUUACGCGCUUAAGGAUCUUUCACAUUUUAUCAGAUAUGGCGCAGACAACACCAUCACUAUUUUCCACCUUUCCUUUACAGAGUGGCUCACUAGCAAUGAAAACCUUGGAAACCCAUACUAUGUAAGUCUGAAACGUGGUCACAGACGCUUAGCGGAAUAUUAUUUAAGUGUUGUAAAAAAGACCCAGAACUCUUCUAUGGACAUCUACCGUUUAGCUCAACACGUUACUUUUGGAGAGGGUGACGACAAUUUUCUAGAAGAGUUUGGCAAUAUCAAAGCUUCUUACAUAAAUGCCUCUAUUGACGGCGAGAACAGGACACUUCUCCAUCUAGCUGCAGAAAAUAGCAAUAGAAAAAUUCUUGAGUUACUUGUUCCAGCGUUUGAUAGCGUUGACUGUGAGGACAACUACGGCUUUACUCCUGGCUUUGUUGCAGCAAAGAGCGGUCUCAAAGAAAACGUUGAAUUUCUCAUCAACAAGGGAGCUAACAUUGAACACCGAACAAAGCCACCACCUUCGCUCUACUCUCUAAUGGAUAGCUCUGUACUUGCAACUGAUCCUAUUGAACGAGCCAAAACCACCCUUUGGAACUCCACCAUGGUACACGCAGCUGCAUCGGGAGGUCAUACAGCCGUAAUACGAGCUCUUCUGAAAAGGAACGCUUCGUUUCGAGAAGUAAAUGGUGUUAACUUGACAGCCAUCCAGCUCGCAGCACAAAAUGGACAUUUAGAUGUUGUUAAGCUUUUGUACUAUAGUGGGUCAAAUGCAGACCAUCUUUGUCUUCAAUAUGCAGCUCACGCCGGCCAUACAGACGUUGCUAAAUUCCUCAUGAAGAUCGGUAUACUGGACACCUGCAUGCCAUGUGAUGGUAUAUUUUACUGGCUUGGAAACAAAGUCCGAUAUCAGGCAGGGCUUAGUAAUAACUUCAACGACUCACAUGGGUACAUUUUGGCAGACGAUGAUUACAGAAUCAAAUGCCAAAGUGCACUUCAUUUAGCAGUGGCCGAAAAACAUACAGAGGUUGUUAAAUUACUACUUUCUGUGGAAGAUAAUACAAUCCACUGCAAGGACUUCACAGGCCGAACUCCUCUUCAUGAAGCGAUAAGACAAAAUCAUGUGGAAAUAUCAGAGCUUCUUAUAAGAAGUGGUGCAAGAGUUUCUCAAAAAUGUAUGCGCUUUCAAAAUUUAUCCUCUGUUUGCAACAACUCAGAGAAGUGUAAUCAGCUGAGAACAUUUUUAAAUAAAAGAGAGCUAGAAGAAUACGAAAGGGAUCUGUGCCAUUGUGGCACCACACCCUUUCUACUUGCAGCAAGAUACGGUUAUAUUGAGGUCGCGUCCCUGCUUUUGCGGUAUGGUGCAAAGUGUGACGAUAGGGAUUGCCAAGGGGCCACGGUUCUUCACAUUGCUGCAUGUCAUGGGCAUUACGAUUUAAUUAGAUGGCUCAUCUCUCAACGAACUUCUCUUCAUCUUAACAUGAAAAGUAAAAACCUCUCUACACCGCUUCAUAGCAGCGCCAUUUGUAAAAUCAACCGAGACAUCAAACCUCUGUUAGACAUGGGUGCGAACAUCUAUGAAACUGAUGAAAACGGAAUGACGCCUCUGCAUUAUACUGUCAUAAAUGCAUAUGAAACCGAUUCGAUUGUAUUAUUUCGAAGAGUGAUCGCGAACGGUUCGUUGUUUACCACAGUUCUGGGGUCAAAGGGUGAUAUUACGGUGACACGUAAUUCUGAUGUCAUUUAUAGGACUUUGCCGUUAAACUUUCAGUGUUCAAAGCUUAUAGAUAUUAUAGAAUCAUCAAAUAAUUCGUACAUAAAUGCGAUGGAUAUAAAUGGAAGAACAGCCUUGCAUCUCGCAGCAAAAAAUGGAGAGGAGUGUUGUGUCAUACGGCUACUUGAAAAACGCGCAAAAGCAGAUUUAUAUGACCUUCAAGGGAAAACCCCUCUAGACUUUGCUACGGCGUUUUCUACCGAAGUGCGCGAGUGUAGCUGGUGCGACAACAUGGAUGAUUUAGACAUAAUUCCGGCCGUAAACCAAAGGUAUCACGACUCAAUAGUUAGGAUUCUCCUCUCAAGAGAGGUUGACUUAACCCAGACGUGCGACGAAGAAAAAACACAUAUAUUGCGCCACGCCUUUGAGGUACACAAGCUAGUAAUUGCUUACCUUAUACCUUCGAAGAGCCUUAGUCUACGCUGUAAAGAUGCGCAAGGUCGAACACCACUGUUAACUCACCUUCAGAGUGGUGGCAAGUGGCUGGACGUAAUCGUGGAACGAUUUGAUGCACCCAUUCACAUCGACUGUGGGAAGCCAUUUAACACGUCCGAAUUCCACCUGCUGGCAUUUAGAAAGCCGACAGGCCCGUCAGGAAAUCUUCUGGAGUACCACACCUGUGAUAACUUUACUUUUUCCCGUUAUGAAAGCGAUAAAGGCCCCUCCCUUGGGAUUCCGUGUCAUAGACGAGUGUCGUGGUGCAGAGGGAUACACAGCGUUACAUAG